GGCGAGUCCUGCCUGAGUCUAUUCCAGUCUCGGCCACUCUGUGGGACACAGCGGGCUCCAUCCUGAACUCUCUCUGGAAGUCCCUUCGAGACUCUGAACUCCCAAAGCUCUGCAAAGUUGGAGAGCUGUCCCGGGGGCUCCCUCUGUGAAGUGGGUCUUGUAUUUUCAAUCAUCCGGAGACCCGGAAGCUACAAUCAGCAAUACCCAGUGUUUGGUUUCCCUGUGUCUUAGUGCUGAAGGAAGAUGAAGAUUGCUGUGAUUGGACAGAGUCUGUUUGGCCAAGAGGUGUACAAGGAACUCAAAAAGGCAGGCCACCAGAUUGUUGGAAUAUUCACAAUCCCCGAUAAAGAUGGCAAGGAGGAUCCUCUUGCUGCAGAGGGGAUGAAGGAUGGUACACCUGUGUUCAAGUACACGCGCUGGCGGGUGAAAGGGAAGGCGAUUCCAGAGGUGGUGAGCGAGUAUUCGAGUCUCGGAGCAGAGCUGAACGUGUUGCCUUUCUGCUCCCAGUUCAUUCCAAUGGAAAUAAUUGACUUCCCCAAACAUGGCUCCAUCAUCUACCAUCCAUCCCUCCUCCCUAGGCACAGGGGAGCCUCAGCUAUCAACUGGACUCUGAUCCAUGGAGACAAGAAAGGAGGGUUCAGUAUUUUCUGGGCAGACGAUGGCUUGGAUACAGGUCCCAUUCUCAUGCAGAAAGAAUGUGAGGUGUUUCCUGAUGAUACCAUCAGCACGCUGUACAACCGAUUCCUCUUCCCUGAAGGAAUUAAAGGCAUGGUUGAGUCGGUGGACCUCAUCGCCGCUGGGAAGGCCCCAAGAAUCAACCAGCCUCCUGAGGGAGGAACUUAUGAGGGCAUUCAGAAGAAAGAAAAUGCAAAGAUUAACUGGGAUCAACCAGCAGAGGCCAUUCACAACUGGAUCCGAGGCAAUGACAAGGUCCCUGGGGCCUGGUCAGAGGUGAAUGGACACAAGCUGACGUUUUUCGGCUCGACAUUGGUCAGUGACGCCCCGCCCCAGGGUCAGACACUGGACAUUCCGGGAGCUCAUGCCCCUGCCAUUGUCACCAGGAACGGUCUGCUCCUCUUUGGGAAUGAUGGGAAAAUGCUUUUGGUGAAGAGUUUGCAGUUUGAAGAUGGUAAAAUGAUCCCAGCCUCCAAAUACUUUUCCUCUUCAGAAAGUUCCUCCUUACAGCUAACUGAAGAGGAGGAGAAAAUCAAAGAGCAACUCCGAGUUAUCUGGAAGGGCAUCCUCUCGAAUGUCACAGAAAUUGUAGAUUCAACCGAUUUCUUCAAAUCAGGAGCUGCCUCGAUGGAUGUGGUCAGGUUGGUGGAGGAGAUCAAGUUAAAGUGUCGGGGUGUUCAGUUGCAGAAUGAAGAUGUGUACAUGGCGACGACAUUCGGGGACCUGACACAAACACUUGUGAAGAAACUCCGUGGUGAAGAUGAUGAGGAAGAGCUGCCAAUAGAUUACAUUGAGUUGAACAUCAAUAACCUGACCCUGCACAUGCCCCAUCAAGUCUUCAUCAAUGGGCAGUUUGUCGAUGCUGAAGGAGGGAAGUGUUACAAUUCGAUUAACCCAACCGACGGCUCUGUUAUCUGCAGAGUGUCGCUCGCUCAGGUAGCCGAUGUUGACAAGGCAGUAGCAGCAGCGAAAGAGGCCUUUGAGACUGGGGAAUGGGGGAGAAUGAACCCCAGAGACCGCGGGAGACUCAUCUACAGACUCGCUGACUUAAUGGAGCAACACCAGGAGGAAUUGGCAACAAUUGAAGCUAUUGACUCAGGUGCCGUGUACACUCUGGCACUGAAGACCCACGUGGGAAUGUCCAUCCAAACGUUCCGCUACUUCGCCGGAUGGUGCGACAAGAUUCAGGGCAGCACCAUCCCCAUUAACCAAGCUCGACCCAAUCACAACCUAACCUUCACUAAGCGGGAGCCAGUUGGUGUGUGUGGAAUUGUGAUCCCCUGGAAUUAUCCGCUGAUGAUGUUGGCCUGGAAGACUGCAGCCUGCCUAGCUGCUGGGAACACUGUGGUCCUUAAACCAGCUCAGGUGACUCCUUUGACAGCGUUGAAAUUCGCAGAGCUGACGGUGAAGGCCGGAUUCCCAAAGGGGGUCGUGAACAUUUUGCCAGGAGCAGGUUCAUUGAUUGGACAAAGAAUAGCUGACCAUCCUGAUGUUCGAAAGCUUGGCUUUACCGGAUCCACCCCAGUCGGGAAACAAAUUAUGAAAAGCUGUGCCCUGGUAAAUGUAAAGAAAGUAUCUUUGGAGCUGGGGGGAAAGUCUCCUCUCAUCAUCUUCAGUGACUGUGACUUAGUCAAAGCUGUACGUGCGGGAAUGGGGGCUGUGUUUUUCAACAAGGGAGAGAAUUGUAUCGCUGCUGGACGGCUUUUCAUUGAAGAAUCUAUUCACGAUCAGUUCCUGCAAAAAGUGGUUGAAGAAGUAAAGAAAAUGAAGAUUGGAAAUCCUCUGGACAGGUCAACAGACCAUGGACCUCAGAACCAUAAGGCCCACUUGGACAAGCUGAUUGAGUAUUGUUCUACAGGGGUGAAGGAAGGGGCCACACUCGCAUAUGGAGGGAAGCAAGUCCCACGGCCAGGAUUUUUCUUUGAACCGACGGUGUUUACUGAUGUACAGGACAGUAUGUUCAUUGCGAAGGAGGAAUCCUUUGGGCCGAUCAUGAUUAUCUCCAAAUUUCAAAAUGGAGAUCUCGAAGGGGUCCUGAGACGAGCUAACAACACCGAGUAUGGUUUGGCUUCAGGCGUGUUCACCCGUGAUCUCAGCAAAGCUCUGUACGUCAGUGAGAAACUACAAGCUGGAACUGUCUUCAUCAACACCUACAACAAAACUGAUGUGGCAGCACCAUUCGGGGGAUUUAAACAAUCUGGCUUUGGCAAGGACCUAGGACAAGAAGCUCUGAACGAGUAUCUGAGGACCAAAACCGUCACCAUUGAAUAUUAGCAACGGACUGAGAGCAGGAAAAGAAGUGAGAUUGUUUGUUCCAGUGAUUCUCGUCACUGGCCAUGUCACUUUCUGAAAAAGGAAUGAAUAAACAGAUAAGCAUUUCCUAAUAAUCAAUAAUGAUGCAAUUCUAGCAACACCUCUGACCCCAUUCCCAGUAUUUGGCCAAUUGGUGGAAAACUGUAAUUAAAUGGAUUGCUCUUUGAAAGGGCCGGAGCAGACUCGGUCGACUAAAUGGUCACUUUCUGUCCUGUGCCAUUCUAUGAAUCACUGAUAACCAGUGUUAUUGCCAUCAUUGAUCUCGAGUCUGCGUACAAAAUCUUUGGCCUUAACUCCUCCAUACGUUUACAAUCAGCAGAAGUCAAUCAUUAAUUAAAUAUUGGACGAGGGAGGAGGCCAUAGGGGCACACUCUAAAGAUGGACAAUAAACACUGACCCAGCCAGCGAUCCUCACAGGGUGAGCACAGGCUGCUCUCUGCCUUUAUUCCUGAUGAAGGGCUUUUGCCCGAAGCGUCGAUUUUCCUGCUCCUCGGAUGCUGCCUGAACUGCUGUGCUUUUCCAGCACCACUGAUCCAGUGACCCUCACAACCAACCGACAGACUUUUGAAAAAUGUCCUUGAGUUUGCCCUGUGACCCUCCCAGCCCGGUUAUACUCCCUUCCACCCUCUUCCAUCAGGCAGAAGACACAAAAGUUUGAAAAUACACACCAACAGAUUUAAGAACAGCUUCUUCCCCACUGUUAUCAGAUUUAUGAAUGGACCUCUCAAAUAUUAGGGUUGAUUUUUCUCUGCACCUUCUGUGUAGCUGUAACAUCAUAUUCUGCAUUCUGUUCUAUUCCCCUGAUGGAAGGUAUAAUUUGUCUGGAUAGUAAGUAAAAUGAUACUUUCCACUGUGUCUCGGAUCAUGUGACAAUAAUAAAUCUAAUCAAAAUCAAAAUCAAAUCAGGUCACCUCAACUUCACCAUCAGUUUCGCUCCAAAUCCCUGGCUGCCCUUUUCCAACAAGAAUCUUGGAAUCUCCAACUGAUGUCCACAAAUCUUUGGGAAUUCCAGUUUUCAACUUCCUGUUGUGUGGAGAAUUGCUUUCUGACCACAGCCUGCUCAGCCUGGUUUUAAUUUUGUCCUGGUCUCCUGACUCCCUGUACCAAACCCACCACAGCUUCUCUCUGUCAACGCUAUCAACUGUUUGAUUCAUUUAAACAUCUCAGUUACACCAUCCUCUCUGUCCAAUCCCUGCUGCACACUCUCCAUCUCCUCUCUCCCCCCCCGCCCCCCCCCCACCACAACUCUAUCUCUUCUGCUCUCUAUCCCCAUAUUCUACAUUUCUGCCCUUUCUCUCUCCCCCCCCCCGCCCCAGUGUCUCUCCCUGUCUUGUUUUCUCUCUCUCUCUCUCUCUCUCUCUAUCAAACAGGACUCAGUGACCUGCUCCAUUACUAUAUCUAGUUCCAUUUUCUUUCCAGCCUCGUGACCAAAGCUAAUGACUGUACCCCUAGCCAGACAGCACGUUUGAACUUUGGAUUUUUCUCCUCAAUAUGAAUUUUAAAAUCAAACUGUACAGAGCUCCAUUUGGCCAUUUGGGUCAACGAGUCUGUGCUGUACUGAGUAACCCACUCAGGCUGCAAUUAUGAGAUUUCAUUUCAACCCUUGGAUCUUACCCACUGUGGAUCCCAGGAAUGUACCAGUCAGGAUCCAGUCAUGUUCAUUAAACAAGGAGUAAUCCACUGGAGAAAUGACAGUGAUUGGAUAUUCAGGUAAUCUCUUGCUAUACCUGGAUUCAACUGGCCAUUUGUACCUCUCAGAGGAUUCCCGGAGAUCCCUGGUGAUUCACAAAGCUGUUUCCCUCCCCCCAUCCCGACCAACGGAGCUAUGUUUCCUUUUGCACUUUGCAAUCACUGUUAAUGAUUUGUAUGUGAUGUUUAAUAGUUUGGUAAUAAAUGCUGUUGAAUUAGA